UAUUUGCAUCUGGUCGUUUUAGCAGGUCUUCCUUUACAUAAGCACUAUUUAAACAGAACAUUCAGUUAGGUCCGUGUCAAGCAACACUCAGUCUUACCAUUCUAUAGUCUGUAGGACCUGGUAUUUUAAAACUGAAAGUCCGGUGUCACGAGAAAGAGGUUCCGAGAAACAGUCUUAAACAGAGAGCCCACCCUCCAUUAGAUCCAAAGAAAAAUGUUCAGAAAACUCAAGGUGCAUCAGUUCCAACAAUCGGAACGAAAACUUAUAAUUAGCGGCACCAAGUGAUUCCUGCGUAAAACUCUCAGGAUCAACAAGACUCUGCUAGCAAAGAUGGCGGACGUGCAAGAAAAUCACACUGGAGUGGUCCACCUGAUGGAUCACGUGAUGUCCCACAGCAACAACGAUAACGACACGGACCAAUACAAGCACUUCUACUUCAUAGCGAGGCAAAUCACGGGACUCUACGUGUUUCCAGUCCUGUGUACCUUUGGUAUUAUUGGGAGCAUUCUAACCCUUGUGGUUCUCAGUCAAAAACCCAUGAGGUCGUCAACAAACGUGUACCUCUCAGCCCUAGCCGUGUCAGAUAUGAUUAAGUUAAUCAAUGACUUUCUGUACUUCAUGACCGUCUUUCUGUACGUCACGUCGCCUGCGACUGGGCAAAAGAUGUACGCCUAUCUAUACCCGUUUUCACACUUCGUCUUUCAAAUGUCUGUAUGUGUGUCUUCGUGGUUGCUGGUCUCCGUGGCUGUGGAGAGGUACGUGUUGGUGUGUCAUGCCAUGUGGGGUAAAACCAUGUGUACCACGCAGAGAGCUACGGUGGUCAGUGUCGUCAUUUACCUUGUCAUGUCAGGAAUCGCCAUCCCAUCCGCUCUCCGGUAUAAAACAGUCAAGGUGUUCGACAACUCCACGGGGAUGUAUCACUUAGACGUGGAUCUUACGGAGUUGUGGAAAAAUAAAGAAUUUGUCACGGCGUACACGUGGAUACAGAAUCUGUUGCGCUCAGUGAUACCGCUCUUUAUUCUAGCCAUCAUGAACUUCCAAAUCAUCCGCGCUAUCAGAGCGACGCGGGCAAAUAAGAAACGUUCUCAGCGGCACCGCAUCACGGUGAUGCUCCUCAGCGUAAUUGUGCUGUUCUUGAUGUGCGUCACUCCUGAUGCAAUCAUGUCCACUGUGUUCGAGAUCGGCUAUCACGAGAACGAGAACUGCCUUGCCAAAGGGAUACGUGAAAUAACAGACACGUUGCUAUGCGUCAACGCAGCUGUGAAUAUAAUAUUGUACAGUGCUUUCAAUUCAAAAUUUCGCAAAUGUUUCUGCAUUCUGUUCUGCAAGUGCUGCACGGAUGAGAGAAUGGACACGAUGGUCAAGGAGGGCCUAAGCACCACGAACGUUCCGGCACGUUUGGCGGUGAACAGAGACGUACGUUACACGCGGUUGUUAGGAACAAACGCCUCGUGCCCUGUAUUCCUUAACGUGAGCUCUACUGCGACAUUCCUUAAAUGUGACUCACAAAUAGCCCUGACGCCGAUCAAGGAGGACUGGAACGGGAACUGUGAGCAGAGGGGCACCACGGUGGUCCGGCCAGGACUGAGGAGGCACACGGUGGAACAGUUUCCGUGCACGGCAUCCAGCGGCUCCGUGAACUCCCGGCGGGAAUCGGGCUGUAGCAAUGGGGUCGUGAAAUUUUCAGUCGGUAUAGAAGAAGAGUGAUACUGUUACUGGGUCUAGAAAAACGAUAUUAAAUGUGCGUGAGAAAAUUAGAAGGGGCUUUGUUUUUAAUGAAAAAAAUGGAAAAGGUCAAGUAUUGAGACAAUUAAUGAUGAAUGCAUUGACAUUCCACUGAUCUGCAAGAAUGGUGAACAAAAGUUGACUUGAGUCAACUUGGGGAUUGCAGUUCUAAUUUGGCCCAGUGAGAAAACUGGUUCUGCAACCAGGGGUUGGGCAAUUUUAAGGGUAUCGAGGAUGAAAGGUUUGCUGAACGAAGCGAGACAAAAAUUCAACAGAAAACGAGGGCAAUUUUUCAAUAACAUUAUACACAGGAAUAGAGUUUUGUCUCGCUUAAUUGUUGCACUGUCGUUUCGGCAGAGAGAAGGGGAAUAGCGUCAGAGCUCAGGGAGCACACCUCGACCUUGACCUGCCAUUGGUGACCUUGACCUGCCAUCGGUGAACAAUCUGGUCUCGGUUGUAUUGUUUUUCAGCACAAAUAACUUAUUUUCUACUAAAGUAAACACUAAAAGUGUUGGAUUGGAUGUUGCAAUAUUUUUGAAAGAAUUGUUGAUAUAUAUUGUUUUGAAUCUGUUUUUAUUUAGACGCUAGUAAGAAAAGGGCGUCGGACAAAGCGCACAAGACUUUUCUUUGCUCAAAUAAAAAGGUCCGAUAUGCCGUACACGUGAAUAUGUGAUCUUCAACUCAUUUUAUAAAUAUUAGUUCAGCAUUUGUGGGUACGUGGGAUUUUAGAGUCUAUUUAAUGUUGUACAACAACAGUGGCGGAUUUAGGGGUGUCAGGGGGGGUCCUGACCCCCGUCCUCCCUUCGAUUUCUGAAAGAA